AUGCCCGCUCGAGAUAAUGCCCACCGAAAGCGUGGAGCGCCCCCGCCGAGGUCACGUGACCCUAUAAAUAUGCAAAACCAGCCCCACUUCCUCUGGGUGAAUGGAGAUUGGGGUCUUAACGGACAAACACGCGGGUCCCAAUCCGAAAUGCCGCGAGGCGUUAUCGCUAAUAAAAAUAUGGCGCAGUCUCUGCCUAAUGCUUUCAUAUCG